CCGCCUCAGACGUCUCAGCCGCCCUCCUGAACGACGACGACGACGACUUCGAGACGGAGGAUUUCCACUAAAACAACCACCACCAUCAUCAUCACCACCCCUCUCCGAUAGAGAAUCCGACGGCAUCUGCACGCGGACGCCGACUGUUACGCCGAUGGACACCUUUACGCAGAAGCUGCUGGAGCGAACGCGGGCACGCCGUGAGCUGCUGCAGCAGAAGAUGGCAGAGCAGGGCCUUGGUGAAGCUGCUUGCACCUCGCCCAGCAAGCGUGCCCGUGAUCCGCUCACCGAUACCGCCAACAGCAGUGGCCGCUCUCCUGCAGGAGUUGCUGACCUGGGGGGCUCCCCCCCUAAGAAGCGCUACUCGGGAGGGGGUGACACUGAGAAUGUCCUCCCUCGAGAUCCUACACCCAGGGCCCAACCCAUGCCUGAGAAAGCAGAGACGACGCAUGAUCCGGGAGUUCUCACACAUCUGGCUUCUGGCUCGGUGAAGACGCGCAUGCAGAAACUGGCCGAGCAAAGACGCUACUGGGAUGGAGAUGCCCCAGAUGAAAGUGCAAGCGUCUCUUCGCCUGUGUCCUUCAAUCAUUCGAGAGCCGCCUUGGUAGCACCGCCUAAUGAUCAGCCAGAUGCUACUGGGCGACCCUCUCACAGUGCCGCGAGGUCCCGUCUGGCCAACCUAGCCGCCACCAUCAACACCUGGGAGGACGACCUCGGCCAUGGCGCCGCUGCCAGCAGCAAUGGGGACGUCACUUCCACCGCAAACAAGCCAAAGUCGGCAACUGCCACUAAGGUCAAAGGGAACGUGACCGCAGCCAAACCCCCUGUGGCAGCCACUCGCACCACGGUGGGCAGAACCCCAGAUAAGACUCCUGUCAAGGUGGGCAUGACCAAGUCGGCAAGUGGGAACGUGGCACUAGCGACUGUGAGGGCUGCCACCCCGGAGAGACCAUACAGUUCCCUCGACAGGUCCAAGCCAGCCGUGUCCACUGCUGCGGCAAGGCAGGAGUCGCAGCCCCAGAAAUCGCAGGCGACCACUCCCUCGCAGGCACGACCGAUUGUGAACAAGACCAUCAACCCGGGCACUCCAGCGCAGACCGUCUCUACGCCAUCCACACCUGCCAACGGCUCGGGCGUGAAGACUUUCCGCGAGCGCUUCGAGGAACGCUGCCAGCAGCAGAAAGCAGCCGGACUCACCCCGACGUCGUCGUUGACACCGUCUGCAGUCCAGUCCGUGACCCCCACCGUGACUGGCCAUGCUGCUGGGGGCCGCACCAUCACGGUGACACCGGGGGAUGGCGCGCGUGCGCUGCACGACCGCUUUCGACACGGGCAGGGAGAGACAGCUGCAGCCUCGCACGCCGACAAACUUAAGCAGGAGCGAGAGCAAGAGCUAGCCAUGAUCAGGAAUCGCUUCCAAAAAGGCAGCGUGUGGGCCAAUGAGAAGAAGGUGCCCGUCAGUGAUGCCACCUCGGACAAGGGUUCUUCGGUUGUAGCCGGAGGCUCCGUGGCCAAGGCUCCAGUCACACCAGCACGUGAAGGCAACGGGCAAAAGUCUGUCGAGACUGUCCAGCGUUCCAAUGCCUUGGCAUCCCCAGCCACUGCAGUACAGAAAACACCCGCAGGGACAGAAUCCACCAGUGACGAUGCAGAGCCCGGACGCCGGGUGCGGUUUGCCUCCGAGACGGAGAAAUUGGGACCUGAGUCGACUGGGGAUUCUGAUAUCGACAGCAGAGGCUGCCAGUCCAGUAAUGACGUCAGCGACAGCGAGGAGGAAGAGGAGAACAACUCUGGCGUGAUCGACGAGUUAUUUGACGAUCUGCUGGUUGACGUGGUCGACGGGAGCGAAACUAAAGGGACAGUGGAAACGAGAGGAGAGGUGACGACGGCGCUCUCCAAGGAGGCGGCCAGUGGCGAGAAGAAGAACCAGGAGAGUGAGGACGAGCUGGAGGUGUCGUCUAUGUCACUGCUGUCAGAGUCGAUCAACACGGCAGUGCACAGUCCCGAGCAAAAGAUUCUGAUGUCGUCUCCGUUGCCGCCGAGCUCGGCAAAGAGCCCCUGCAGCCCCGAGGUGCCGCCCGCAGCACGGAGAAACACGAGGGCUCGCCUGCGCCGCUCAGGCUCCCUGGAUAGCCUCGUGCCCUCUGAGGAGCCCCGGCUGCUGUACAGCAUUGACGCAUACCGGAGCCAGCGUAUGAGCUUGCACCGCCGCUCACCCGUCAAGCAGGCUUCACCGCGUCGGAACAACGUCAGGGCCGAGGAGCGUCCCAAGAACUCCCCGCGUGUUCUCUCCCUCCGGGAGCGCCUGCACCUGUUGACCAAUGAGGUGAACAGCCAGCAAAGCAUCAUGCAGCAGGCACGCACGGCGCUCGGCUGCUGCGUGGACGAGGACCACGGCAAGGGCUCUUUGGAGGAGGCAGAAGCUGAGAGGCUGUUACUCAUUUCCACCGAGAAGCACCAGGCUUUACUCGCGGAGCUGAAUCGGCUGAAGGCCAAUGCGAGCGCACGCUCAGGUGGCCGUGGUGGUGGUGGUGCCGGCACAACGCCGGGGGAACAGACUGCACCGUGUCGAGGAUCAGUCUUCAUCUCUGACAUCCGACUGCCUCUGAAGCCCGAGUUUGUGUGCGUUCUCGCCUCCCGGCCAGACCAAAGCAGUUACUACUUUGUGGUGCUGCUACGUCAGGGCGCUGAAAACAUUGUGGCAACGCCACUUGUGGCUGCUCACUCGCCGCCCAAUGGGGACACGUUGACUUUCCCCACAACAUUCACCGUGCAAGAUGUUGGAAGUGACUUUGGAAUUUCUUUGGAGGUUUAUUGCUUGAGUCAGAAGAAAGACGCCAAUGUUCCUGAAAAGAAAAAGGCAAAGGGUCUUACACCAAAAAAGCUCUUGUCUUCAAUCACGAAAAGUGGCAGUAAUUUGCAUUCUCCAUCCAUCGUGAUUGGUGGGGGCACGAGGCCCAGUGGCUUCGUCCUAGUUGGUUCCCACCGCCUCUGCCUCUCCUCUGUCGGGCAAGCCAAAUUUCCACUGGAAAAGGUGCAGCGAAUGUCGCCCCUGGAGGGAAACGUCUAUUUGAAGUUCCAGUGCCGCGUUGACUCGAGUGUGGAGGAGCGAGGCUUCUUGACGAUGUUUGAAGAGGUGAGUGGGUUUGGAGCAUGGCACCGGCGUUGGUGCGUGCUGUCCGGGAAUUGCCUCUCCUACUGGACCUAUCCAGAUGAUGAGAAGAGGAAGGAUCCGAUGGCUCGCGUGAACCUGGCGACCUGCGUGAACCGGCGCGUGGAGCCCGUGAACCGCGAGUUCUGCGCGCGCCAACACACGCUGGAACUGGUGACGGUGCGCUCCCAGCACCCCGACGACCGCGAGACGCUCACCACGCACAUGCGCAACCGUCAGUGCGUGACCAAGAACUGGCUAUCGGCAGACUCGCGGGACGAGAGGAACCUGUGGAUGGAGAAGUUCAACCAGGUGCUGAUGAAUUUACGCACCUGGCAGCCCGAGGCCUGCGCCGGGGCUGCCACUCGCUGAGCUCAACCACAGCUGUCGCCAACCAUUUAGCUGAGACACUACCCUGGCAAAGCCGGAGCUGAGUGAGUAGAGAGAAAAGAGCCCCCUGGCGUUUGAGCCUGUGUGGGCUCGAUAGCCAAGGGGGAUACUCGCUAUAGUUGGACUUAACCAACUGUUGUAUAGACUCAGCCCGAUUUAGCCAAACAUAGCCUUACCAAACAUGACCUGCCCUGAGAUUGUUGCAGCCUUUAUUUCGCGAAGCUUUCUGUUGGCCAGGCGUUGCAGAGCCACUUGUAAUCAACGGUGAACUGUUAUACUUGCCGAGCAGUCAUUGCUUUAUUGUGCACAUUUACGAGUGGUUUAGCUUGAAACUGUAGUUGACGGGAAGAUUGGGAAACCCAUGUGCAUACAUCACGGAUACGGGACACGAUGCACUGCUGCCUUGAUGAUGAUUCAUAGCUGUACGGUCACACGUGCUUGAAGCUCACAAAGAUUGCUCAAAUUAUUCCUGCAUCACGUGUGUGCUUUUCCGCUAAUUUAUGCCGUGUACACGGGGGUAUUGGGCCUAAGCUUGGUCAACUUUGGCUGAGCUAGACCUGUUUGGUUCACCAUGGACACUCCCGUGUGCCUCGGAUGCUCCCUGCUGUCAGGGCAUCUUGUUCCACUUUUCUGUCUUUACGGUGUGCUUGGAUAGUUUAUCGUUUUUUUUACAAAGUAUACAAUUAUUCAAAGGGGCAGUAUUACAGUAGUAUACUGCAGCUCAAUUCUUUGAGAUCUUUUUCUAUUUGUUUUCAAAACUCUUCCAAUUAUAUUGACAUGCUAUGAGGUGAAAUGUCCAUAAGUGUUGUUUCAGUGCCAAGCUCACUGCUUUUGAACCUAUGAGUAACAGAUAAAUCUCAUUUGCCAUAUAUAUUUAACUGGAUAUGGUAUGCGAUAACCCACAUGAGCGUAAAUUCAAAAUUUAUACUUUGGCAAAAAAUUACAACGGUAAACGUUUGCACUAAUUUACACGCUGUAACAUGUACAGCACUUUAAACAUGCGCACACCUUUCAUACUUGGUUUUGCACUGGAAAAGCCAUGUGAAUAUCCACACAAUAUGCGCUCGACCGAAUUACUUGCUGCGUACAACCACAUUUAAUGAUUGCAUGUGGCUUUGGGUGUGCAGAUAUAUAUUUAGUGGGGAGCAGUAGUGUAGUGGUUGGCGUGCUGCGCUACGAACCUUUCACCCGAGUUCAAUUCCCGCUCAUGGCCAACACCAGUUACAAUUAUCUGAACCGGUCUUGGGCCUCCUUAGGUCAUCUCGGCUUCAAAUGUUUAUCUGGUGCGGUGUGUAAAAACAUUGCCACUGGGAAGACAAAGUUGGUCGGGUGUAGUACUGGCUCCACCCCCUUGUGUGCUGUGCCGGCCUUCAUUGGUGCUUGCUUACAGCACUUGCCCCAACAGUGUUCAGGCUAUACAGGGGAUAUUUUUCUUUGUCUUUUGUAGGUAUAUUUUAAUAUGAAAUUCCAUAAACAGCUCCUAUGCAUUGACUGAGAUUAGUUAGACAGAAAAUCAGUGAGGUGGAGUAUGCGUAAUUUAUAAAUCAGCUGCCGCAUGACAUUUACCAAUCUGUUUACUCACUUUUGGUACAGGAAUAAAUUGGGCUAAGUGUCUGAUCACACAAGGUUUAUAAGUGUGGUCUUGGUAUAGAAUUUAUCUGCGAAUUCUGUCGACUGAAUCGAAAUGUGUUGAAGCUAGGUUGCACAAGAUGCUUAGAUGUUUUAGAAAAACCAAGUACAGUGGAAACAUUGAGCAAGUACUAAUGGUUUCAGAUUUUAAAAAAUAAAGUAUACUGCUUGCCGAUUAAAUAUAACCUUCUUAUAUAGCAUUUAAGAUAUACAAUAACUUGUGUCAUUUUGUCCUGUCCUUUUAAAUGUUUUAAAUCUCUUUUUGGUAAAAAAAAUAUAUCAGUCUUUACAGAACAGUUGCCGUCUAAUAUGUAGAUUCCUCUAAUUGUUUACCUGAAUUGUAACUGCUUGAAAAAGAAAUAAAUGCUCUUUUACA